UACUGUGUAGCUGGAAUGGGGUGUUUUCAAGCACGGCUUCCACAAGUGAAUAACUCUGUGAUGAGCAGCGCGGCGCAAAGGCGAGGAGUUCUUGCAAACGGAGGAAGGGGGCGGGGCCGCUCCGGCCUCACGCGCGGCUCGGCGUAUCCUAGCGACCGAGCAGGAACUGCCAUUUUCUGCGCGAGCCGCGGGAGCGAGCGCUCCGUGCCUGGGCGGCGCGUCCUCCGGCUCAGGGCGAUGUCUCUGCUGUGCGCCGCUGUCCUCGCCGGAGCCGCGCUGCUGCUCGGCGGUCCCGGUCCCGGAGCCCCGAGUGUCCUGCCAGGGCAGAGUGACUGCUGCAGAGAUGCACUGGAAAUGAAUGGGACGUGCUUAAUUAACGUGCAUUGUGAUCCAGGUUGCUGUCUGCUUACCAUGGAGAACUCCACAUAUGUGUGUGUCCCGUGGACGAUGGUGAACAGGACACAGUAUAAUCUCAUGGAGUGCAGUAGUGAUGAUCCCAAUGCCACUGUGUGGUUGACAAAUACAAGCACCGUAGCUCCUGUACGGCCCAAAAUUGGCGGUCCAGGAGUUGCUGCCUCCCUCCUGCUGGGAACACUCUUCAUCAGCCUCUUCCUCAUCCUCACUGUGGCUGCCUCCUUCUACCUCAAACGGACCAACAAGCUGCCCAGCAUCUUCUACAGGAGAAACAAAGCAUCAAUAUUGCAGCCCAGUGAAACGGCUGACAUGAUUCCUACGCCGACAUCGUCAGGUAAGAUGCUAGAUUACAUUUGGGCCUCAGUGGCCUUGUGCUCUGAUUGUAACUGUAAAGCUUGGUAA